AUUGCGGGCUCCAUCGGGCCUGAAGCUGGCGCGCGCUUCGGCUCGGCCAUUUGCGUAAGAUUAGAACAAGAGCAAAUGGAUGGAAAGGCGAGAUCAUGUAGCAACAUAGUGAACGUUCUCGCGAGAUUGUACACGUGCGGGCUGUUUCCGUCGGCGUGUUGUUACGGUUUUCUAGUCACCUUGGCCAAGAGUUUGAGUGAGCUCGACUCUACGCUCAUGCUCACCUUGCUUCGCAUCGCAGGGAACCGCUUGCGUUCAGAAGAUCCAGUGGGGAUGAAAGAGUUCAUCUUGGCUUUGCAAGCACGCGUGGCUGAGUUACAGAAGGAGCGCGGCGACGGCGAAGACGGCGGCCAACUCUCAAAGCGCGCACGCUUGAUGCUCGAGAUGGUCAUCGAUUUGAAAAACAACAAGAAGCGAGACAGCGCACAAGAUGUCGGUAAAGAUCAGUGGGGCUUCCCUGUCGCGCUCAGCAAGUGGUUGCGGGGGACAAACGUGGGCGAGGCUACCGUGGCGCUUCGCGCAUUGACGUACGAAAAGCUCAUCAAAACUGAGAGUCAGAAAGGCCAGUGGUGGUUACCCGACGCCGCAGGAACUGCAGAGUGGUUCGCGGCGCGUGCAGCGCAAGGUGCGAUCACCGAACAAGCUGGGAAGACACGCGAGGGUGGUGAGUUGCUUCAACUUGCGAAGAAGAUGCGAAUGAACACAGAAACGCGUCGAGCCAUUUUUUGCGUCGUCAUGGGCGCAGAUGAUUUUGCCGAUGCUCUCGAGCGUUUACUGCGCUUACCACUCGCUGACAAGCAAGAUCGUGAAAUUCCUCGCGUUCUGCUCGAGUGCUGUCUUCAAGAAAAGGCGUACAAUCCGUACUACGAGGUUCUCGCCAGCAAAUUGUGCGAGCGUCAGCGCUCGCAUCGGCUGACGUUUCAGCUCUGCAUUUGGGAUCAGCUCAAAGAGAUCGACGAUCCGUCAUCUUCGGUCAGACGCAUAUCGAACAUGGCGCGAUUUUUUGCCGGAUUGGUGCUUUCAGGUGCGCUCGCACCGACUGCGCUCAAGGCUUUGGAAUUCGGCGUCGACAUCGCGCCGCGCGUCGCGCUCCAUCACAAGCUCUUCCUCCAAACUGUCCUAGACGAUCGCUCGCGAACGUCUGCCGCAGAUAGCCUCUUCCAAAGGAUUGCUGUCCACCCAGAACUCAUGUCCGCCAAGGCUGGCUUCUUACGACUUCUUCGU